AUGGAUGAGAAAUCGGGUCUGCCGCCCUACGUGGCGACGCCCGACGGCUACGCUCCCCUCCCCGCGUCAGGCAGCACGCGCCGCCUCGGCAGCAGUCGUGUCCGCCGCUCUCGCGCCCUCAAGUUCGUCGCCGUCGCCUGCCUCGUCCUCAUUGUGCUCUCGCAGUGGAAGCAAUCCUGGUACUCUGAGCGCGCAGCACCCAGGCUCUCGGCUGCCCAACUGCGCGCCGACCUCGCAACCUGCCAGAAGCUGCACACGCAGCCGCAGGACCCCAUCGGGCUCGGCCGAAAGCGCAACGCCCGCUACGUCGACGGCGGCAAGCCCACGCUCAUCAAGAAUACCACCAUCUGGAUCGGCGAGCCGGUCCAUGGCACCACCGAGGCUGAUGCACGCGCCGGCAAGGGCUGGGAGUGGGUGUCGGGCGACGUCUACCUCGAGUACGGCCUCAUCCAGCGCGUCGAGCACGCCAUCGCCACCAGCUCCCUCGCCUCGGAUACCCUUGUCAUCGAGGGUCGCGGUCGCCUCCUCACCAGCGGCAUCAUUGACAUGCACAGCCACGCGGGCGUCGGACCGCUCCCGGGUCUCGACGGUGACGAGGACACCAACGAAAUGUCCGACGACAUCACGCCAUGGGCGCGCUCCAUUGACUCCCUCCACCCGGACGAUGUUCAGAUACAGGUCAUCAAGUCGGGCGGCGUCACCACAUCGCUGAUCCUCCCCGGCUCCGGCAACAACAUUGGUGGCGAGGCGUACGUCGUCAAGCACGCAGUGGGCAAGGCAGACGGCCGUGCCGAGACGUCGGCCGCCGACAUGCUGGCAGACCCGGAGCGCAACUGGCGCUACAUGAAGAUGGCGUGCGGCGAAAACGCCAAGCGCGUGCACGGCGGCAUCGACAAGUCCCCGUACAGCCGCAUGGGUGAGUCGUACCGCUUCCGCCGCGCCUUUGAGACGGCCAGGAAGCUCGUUACAAAACAGGACGACUGGUGCCGCAAGGCAGAGGCCGUCGGCGCCGAGAACAUGGACGAGUACCUCCCGCAGGAUCUUGAGUGGGAGUCAUUGGCGGCUGUGCUGCGCGGUCAUGUCCACAUCAACACACACUGCUACAAAAUUGCCGAUCUCGAAGCCAUGGUCGACCACAGCAACGAGUUCCAAUUCCCCAUUCGCGCCUUUCACCACGCUCAUCAAACCUAUCUCGUUCCCGAAGUAAGACUCCCCAGAAAAGCCCUUGAUUCCUACUCCGAUGCUAACUCUUCUCAGAUUCUAAAGCGCACCUGGGGUGGUCGCGCGCCCGCAUCCGCCCUCUUUGCCGACAACAUGUUCUACAAGGCCGAAGCCUACGUCGGCUCCGAGCACGCCGGCAAGUACCUCUACGACGAGGGCCUCACGCCCGUCUACGUCUCGGACAACCCCGUGCUCAACGCGCAGCACGUGCUCUUCGAGGCCGCCAAGGGCUACCACUGGGGUCUGCCGUACCACGCUGCCCUCGCCAGCGUCACCUCGGCCCCCGCCGACCUACUAGGCCUCGGGCAGCGCCUUGGCAAGGUUAAGCCCGGCUUCGACGCCGACCUCGCCCUUUGGGACUCGGACCCGCUGAGCAUCGGCGCCGCCCCCGUGCAGGUCUGGAUUGACGGCGUCGCGCAGUUCGCCGACCCUGUUGAGCUCGUCAAGGACCGCCGCGGCCCGAUCCAGCCGGAUACGAGCCUCGCCGAUCUUCCCCCCGAGGAGCCCGUCGUCGUCGAGUCCGCACUCUUUACCGGCAUCACCAAGGUACUGCUCGACAUUCCCGAGCACGCCGCCGCCAUCGCCGAAGCCGAAGCCGCCGGCACGCCGUUGAGCAUCGCCGUCAGCCGCGGCAAAAUCUCCUGCGUGGGAACCUGCACCGCCCCCGCCAGCGACACCAAAACGGUCGCGCUCAAGAACGGACAUCUCCACAAGGCCUUUACCGCCUACGGCAGCCUCGGCCUCGUCGAGAUUUCCUCCGAGGACUCGACCAAUAACGGCCGCUCCAAGGCUUUUACACGCGCCGUCGACGGCCUGCAGUUCGGCGGCAAAGUGCUCGGCGUCGCGGGCAAGUACGGCGUCACGCGCGCCGUGUCCCCGCCCCUCAGCGACAGCGGCCCGCUUGGCGUCAGCGCCGCCUUCAUCACCACCGCGACAACGAGCGUCGAAGACGGUGCCGUAUUUGCCGACGACGUGGCCGUCCAUUACACCCUUGACUCGGGCAUCAAGUCAGCCGGUGCGAGCUACUCCGAGGCCUUUGGCGACCUUCGUCGCAAACUCCUCAAAGCCGCUGCCUCCGCCUCCUCCUCCUCCUCCUCCAAGGACAACGACACAAACGCUUACGAAGAUGCUUACCUGCGACGCGUCGUCCUCGGCGAGCUCGUUCUCGCGCUAAAAAUCUCCUCCGCCGACGGCAUCGCCGCCGCUCUACGCGUCAAGGCCGACGUCGACGCCGCCGCGCCUGCCCCUCUUCGUCUAGCCAUCAUUGGCGGCGCCGAGUCGUACCUUGUCGCGGAGCAGCUUGCCGCUGCAAAAGUCGGCGUCAUCCUGACUCCCCUGCAGCAGCUCGGUACGUCGUGGGACACGCGCCGUGCGCUUGUCGGCGCGCCGCUGCACAACGGCACCGUCGUGGACCGGCUCGUGGCGGCGGGCGUCGUCGUCGCCGCGGGGCUCGACGAGGAGUGGCGCGUGCGCGACAUGGCGUUCGAGGCGGGCACGGCGUGGCGCAACAGCGACGGUAAAAUCUCGAGGCGCGAGGCGCUGGACAUUGUGUCGACGAAUGUAUACAAGGUUCUGGGUGUGGAGGAGCCAAAAGAGCACAGCGGCGCGCACUGGGUGGUGUCGGAGGGGGAUCCCAUGGACAUUGGGGCGCGUGUUAAAGCCGUGGGAGCUGGACGCGGCCAGGUCUCUGUUUUUUAG